GGUUUAUCACUUAACUUGCUUCAACGCCGAAGCUCCAACUAUACGAUAAAAAAAGUUUCACAAUACCCUCCAGAGUACUACAGAGGCAACGCUAAAGGCAUGGUACUUUCCGUCGCUCGCUUUCAUCGCCUGUUCCCCUUCGUCGCUCGAUAGUUGCGCUUUUCUUGGCUGCCCGCAGCUCCUUUCUUACCAAGCAAUCAAUCCCAAAAUUUAGCCCCAAGAGAGCCCAACAUUGGACAGUGCGCCAUGACCUUGCGAUUAUUUGUUGUUCCAAUCUCUACCCGACGAGCCUUGAUCUACGCCCGACUCCUGCGCAAAGAUGUUUCGAAGGAGCGUUCCAUCCUAGACCGGAUCACCGACAAGGCGGCGCAGACUUGGGCCAAAUGGGAGGAGGCUGAUAAGGGCUGGAAGACGCACAUUGUGUCGUGGGGGAAUCGAGUUCAGCAACGGAUACCGUAUGAAGAAUGGGGUCUUAAAAGCAUCCCCUCGUUGAGCUCCCAACGGCGAAUUGACGAAUCACAUGAGAAAACACGCGUAGAUGUCUUAUUCCCAGGCAAUGCGAUCAAGGAGGAGAAGCUGAUUCCCAUGCUACACCAACUCUCGAAAGAACGACAAGAAUUGCAUCGACGGAGGAUGUGGUGGAGCUUCAUCGCUGCCCCCUUGACGGCGCCGGUUGCCCUGAUCCCUAUAAUACCGAAUAUCCCAUUUUUCUACCUCGCAUAUCGAGGGUGGUCACAUUGGCGAGCUUUGAACGGGUCCAAACAUUUGCAGUUUCUCGUCGAGAAGAAUUUGCUCAAUCCCAUAUCGCACCCCGGGUUAGUGGAACUAUACGCGAAACGCGUCUCGCGCACUUUAGAAGAGACGAAUCGCGAAAGCCCAGUUGCAGAGAUGGUCGAGAAUGUAGAGAAGAGCGAUGACAGGAUAUUACUUCGAAUGAAAGAUGCGAAGAAGCUUGCCACGACGCUCGAUGCGCCUGGGCUUGCAUUGGAAGCGGAACGGGCCAUUCUUCAAGUCUCAGAGCAGCUCAAAGCGCCAGAAGCGUCUCAACAAGAAAAUAGCGGCGCAAAGGCAUCAGAAAAGAAGCAAAAAUAAGCAGUUUGGAUGACAUUGUUAGAUUGCAUCAGUCUGUGUACUAUACCGUUUAGUGCUGUAUAAUAUGUGCCUAACAUUUAGAAGAGCACACUCCGAUAAAACAAUCUCAAAUCCAUACUUCAUACCUAGA